UCUGUUACGCACGUUUUGGGGGAAGAGAGAGAGAAGCUGAACCUAUAGUCUGUUAACGUGUUUACCCUUUUCAUUUGUUCGUCAUCGUCAUCAUCUUCUUCUUCCUCUGUCUCUCUCUCUCUCUCUCUGGCAUCAUAUCAAACAGAUCCGUUGGAGUGUUCAGAUCUGUCGGAAACUCAAACCUAAUUCCAGAUUCUGAUUCAGACAGGUUCUCUCUCUGAAAGUGUCGUAGAAUCCAUGGGAACGUUCCAAAGCUUCCGCAAAGCCUACGGAGCGCUAAAGGACACCACCACCGUUGGCCUCGCCAAGGUCAACAGCGAAUUCAAGGAUUUGGAUAUUGCCAUCGUCAAGGCCACGAAUCACGUAGAAUGUCCCCCUAAAGAACGUCACGUUCGCAAAAUAUUCUCGGCGACGUCUGUUGUACGGCCAAGAGCGGAUGUUGCUUACUGCAUUCACGCACUCUCCAAGAGAUUGUCCAAAACUCGCAACUGGAUCGUCGCAAUAAAGGUGUUGAUAGUGAUUCACAGAACAUUAAGAGAAGGCGAUCCCACUUUCAGAGAGGAGCUUCUGAAUUACUCACACAGAGGACAUAUACUCAGAAUCUCCAACUUCAAAGACGAUUCCAGCCCUCUCGCCUGGGACUGCUCGGCCUGGGUUAGGACAUACGCUCUGUUUCUGGAGGAGAGGCUCGAGUGUUAUCGUGUCUUGAAAUACGACAUCGAGUCAGAGCGUUUGCAGAAAGCCUCUGGUGCCGCUUCCAAGACGCAUAGGACGAGGGUACUGUCUGGAGAAGACUUGCUAGAACAGUUACCUGCGUUACAACAGCUUCUUUACCGGCUUGUCGGCUGUCAGCCUGAAGGAGCAGCCUAUAGCAACUAUCUGAUCCAGUACGCACUCGCGUUGGUGCUUAAAGAGAGCUUCAAAAUAUAUUGUGCAAUCAACGACGGAAUCAUUAACCUCGUAGACAUGUUCUUUGAGAUGUCAAGACAUGAUGCAGUCAAAGCUCUCAAUAUAUACAAAAGGGCUGGUCAACAGGCUGAUAAUCUGGCUGAGUUUUAUGAGUACUGCAAAGGGUUAGAGAUCGCGAGGAACUUUCAGUUCCCGACGUUGAGACAGCCUCCACCAUCUUUCCUCGCGACAAUGGAAGAGUACAUUAAAGAGGCUCCUCAAAGUGGUUCUGUUCAGAAAAAGCUGGAAUACGAGGAAAAGGAGGAGGAAGAAGAACAAGAAGGAGAACAACCUGAAGAAGAGGAAGGCCAGAAGGAAGCUGAAAACAUCGAAGACAACAAGCCUGUAACCGAGGAAGAAGAAGAAGUGCCUGAACCUGAAGUAGAAAAAGAAGAGGAAGAAAUCAAACCGGCGAAUUUGAUAGACACCGAUGACCUAUUGGGUCUGAGUGAAAUAAACCCAAAAGCUGCAGAGAUUGAGGAAAGCAAUGCAUUGGCUCUCGCAAUAUACCCACCAGGGCACGAGGCUUCAGGUCCAUCUAACAGUCUAAGCUUAAUAGAAGCCAGUGGAACGGGGUGGGAACUGGCACUGGUCACCCCUCAGAACGAUAACAACAAAGUUCCACGGCCAGCGGUAGAAACCAAACUUGCGGGAGGAUUCGACAAGCUUCUAUUAGACAGCCUCUACGAGGACGAAGCAGCGAGGAGACAGAUACAACUGACAAACGCAGGAUAUGGGCAUGGAGGAAUGGCUGUAACAGCUCCUCCAAACCCGUUCGAGAUGCAGAGAGAUCCGUUCGCCAUGUCUAACACCAUUGCACCUCCGACGAAUGUUCAGAUGGCGAUGCUGUCUCAACAGCAACAGCAACAACAGUACGAACAACAACAGCAACAUCAGAUGAUGAUGAUGCAGCAGCAGCAGCAGUAUCAGUACAAUUACUCGACAAACCAUUAUCACCAUCACCAGUUCCCAAAUCCCGCUUCUUCUUCUCCUAAUCCAUUCGGAGAUCCUUUCCUUGCUCUUCCCGCUCCCCCUGGCUCUUCUGCUCCUCAACACCAUCAACCCACCUCUCAUCACCAUAUGCUUCUCUAGACUCUCUCUCUCUCUCUCUCUCUCUCUCUAAGAGUUUGGUUCAUUGAUUCGUUUAUAUUCAGGGCUAUAUAUUGUCAUUCUUUUAUUCUUUCUAGUGGGAGGAUUUCGGUGUUCCCUUCUUUUCAUCUCUACAAUCUGUUCACAUUUGUUCCUUCUUUGUCUUAACAAUGCUUCGUAUAAAGAUGUGUGAUCUCUUCCAAAGAUAAUAAGGAGACG